UUCAAAAGCCAGAACCAGAUAGACAGCGUAACGCAAAGUAUUUCUUUCCCCCAAUUUAAUACCAAAGCUCCAAAUCCUUUGAAAUCUGAAACCCAGGAACCGAAAGUCAUUCGUGCAACAUCAGCAGGAUCAGUCUCAAGACGAUCGACAGUGGCAACUGCUGUGUUACCUUCCUCGAAUUCAAUAAAUGGAAAUUUGAAUUCAGAGGAAACGCCGUCUAAUACUCUGCCUAUUCGUCUCCCAUCUCAACCCUCAUCAGAAAAUAUCAGCGGCUGUAAUGGAAGUAGUAAUAGCAAUAGUCGAACUCCACUUUCCUCGCAUUCUCUACCUGAAAGAAAUCGCGGACCCAUUUUACGCGAAGUUCGUCAUCCUGAUGGUUCAUUUGAGCGUCUAUACUGCGACGGAUCACGAACCAUCGAAUAUGCCAAUGGAUCAGCGAAGGAAAUAUCCUCAGAUGGUGUCUCAUCAACAGUCUACCUUUUUAAUGGUGAUAUAAAGCAAACUAUGGAGGAUGGAACUGUUGUAAGUUGUCGAUUUCCAGCUUAUAUUUCAGAUGAUUCCUUUCUACUUCUUGAUGUUUGUCAGAAGAAAACAGGAGAGGGAAUUACGGUUAUCGGAAUUCUUCUUGCCUGCUACAAUCUAUAUCCUCAUUCCAAUCGUGACAAUUGA